CCAUCGUUCAUGUCUAGAGCUGUAUUUGUGUAGACACUGGUGCGUAGACAGACCAGAGAAAGUGAACUCUGACGAUUGUUUUCUGUGUUCAUGUUCUGUACAAACAAUGUCAAGAUCGCUUCCCGCAUGUCAAACAGAGACAGAGGUGAGCCUUGACUUGAUUGGUCUACCAAGACACAUGAUACAAAGAGAUGUACUUCUCAUCUCCCUGGCGAUCGUAUGCACAACUCAACUACCCUGCAUAGUCUAUUUUUGCUGGGAUUGCACAGAGAAAUCAGGACGAUGCAAAGCCGCAGAGCAUUGUUGGUUUGAAUUCCUUCGCCACACUCGCUCGAGCAUUGUUCAGGUCUGUGAGAGUCAUUGGUCUGGGCAUCAGACGCUCAAGGGUCACACAACAAGACGCUAUUAGUUACACGUUCAAACGGCGAGUGCCUUCCCCGGAACACAUUGCUUGUACUGUUUAUAA